UUCGAGGAGGUCGGAGCGGAAGGAUGUCGGAGCGGAAGGACGUCGUGGCGAUUGCUAGCGCUGGGAUCCCACACUUAGGCUGAACUGCAGGUUUUCGCACAGCCGCGAGUUAACCUCUGCCUUCCCCAGAGGCCUUGUCCUAAUCCACCUCGGCUGACGGCGCGGGAUCCCUGGCUCCGCGAGUAGAGACGCGGUUUCACCAUGUUAGCCAGGAUGGUCUUGAUCUUCUGACCUCGUGUCCGCCUGCCUCGGCCUCCCAAAGUGCUGGAUUUACAGGCGUGAGCCACUGCGCCCGGCCCCCCCCAAAAGCAUUUUUCAUCUCUACUAAGCCCUCACGCAAAAUAUACAAGUGUCCUCGGCCUCACCAUGUGUGUAAGGAGCUGUUUCCAGUCCCCCUGUCUCCAGUGGGUGUGGAGGACAGCCUUCCUAAAACACAACCAGCGCAGGCACCAGGGGUCCCACCGAUGGACACACCUUGGAGGCAGCACCUACAAAGCGGUGAUUUUCGACAUGGGUGGAGUUCUCAUUCCUUCUCCAGGGAGAGUCGCUGCAGAAUGGGAGGUACAGAAUCGUAUCCCUUCUGGAACUAUAUUAAAGGCCUUCAUGGAAGGUGGUGAAAAUGGGCCCUGGAUGAGAUUUAUGAGAGCAGAAAUAACAGCAGAGGGUUUUUUACAAGAAUUUGGGAGACUUUGCUCUGAAAUGUCAAAGACCUCCGUGCCUGUGGACUCAUUUUUCUCUCUGCUGACCAGUGAGCCAGUGGCAAAGCAGUUCCCAGUGAUGACUGAGGCCAUAACUCAAAUUCGGGCAAAAGGUCUUCAGACUGCAGUCUUGAGCAAUAAUUUUUAUCUUCCCAACCAGAAAAGCUUUUUGCCCCUGGACCGGAAACAGUUUGAUGUGAUCGUGGAGUCCUGCGUGGAAGGGAUCUGUAAGCCAGACCCUAGGAUCUACAAGCUGUGCUUGGAGCGGCUUGGCCUGCAGCCCUCCGAGUCCGUGUUUCUUGAUGACCUUGGACCAAAUCUAAAAGCAGCUGCCAGCCUUGGUAUUCACAUCAUUAAGGUUAAUGACCCAGAGACUGCAGUAAAGGAAUUAGAAGCUCUCUUGGGUUUUACAUUGAGAGUAGGUGUUCCAAACACUCGGCCUGUGAAAAAGACGAUGGAAAUUCCGAAAGAUUCCUUGGAGAAGUACCUCAAAGACUUACUGGGUAUCCAGACCACAGGCCCAUUGGAACUCCUUCAGUUUGAUCACAGGCAGUCAAAUCCAACUUACUACAUCAGGCUGGCUAAUCGUGAUCUAGUUCUGAGGAAGAAGCCCCCAGGGACACUCCUUCCAUCUGCGCAUACCAUAGAGAGGGAGUUCAGGAUUAUGAAAGCCCUUGCAAAUGCUGGAGUACCUGUCCCUAACGUUCUUGAUCUCUGUGAAGAUUCAAGUGUCAUUGGCACCCCCUUCUAUGUGAUGGAGUACUGCCCAGGUCUCAUCUACAAAGACCCUUCUCUGCCAGGCUUGGAGCCCAGCCACAGGCGAGCCGUAUACACUGCCAUGAACACAGUCCUGUGCAAAAUUCACAGUGUGGAUCCGAAGGCUGUGGGGCUUGAAGACUAUGGGAAGCAAGGGGACUAUAUUCCACACCAGGUACGAACCUGGGUUAAGCAGUAUCGAGCUUCCGAAACCAGCACCAUCCCAGCCAUGGAGAGGCUGAUCGAAUGGCUGCCCCUCCAUCUUCCCCAUCAGCAGAGGACCACAGUGGUGCACGGGGACUUCAGGCUCGACAACCUGGUGUUUCAUCCAGAAAAGCCAGAGGUGCUUGCUGUCCUUGACUGGGAACUUUCUACCUUGGGCGACCCCCUUGCCGAUGUGGCCUACAGCUGCCUGGCUCAUUACCUGCCGUCCAGUUUUCCCGUGCUGAGAGGUUUUAAUGACUGUGACUUGACACAGCUGGGAAUCCCUGCUGCAGAGGAGUAUUUCAGGAUGUACUGCCUCCAAAUGGGGCUCCCUCCCACUGAGAACUGGAACUUCUAUAUGGCUUUUUCCUUUUUCCGUGUGGCUGCAAUCCUACAGGGAGUCUACAAGCGAUCACUCACAGGGCAAGCAAGCUCCACACAUGCGGAACAAACUGGAAAGCUGACCGAAUUUGUGUCUAACCUGGCGUGGGAUUUCGCAGUCAAAGAAGGGUUCCGGGUUUUCAAAGAGAUGCCCUUCAAAAAUCCGUUAACAAGGUCCUACCACAUGUGGGCCAGGCCCCAGUCCCAGUGGUGCCCCACAGGCACCAGGAGUUAUAGCUCCGUUCCAGAAGCUUCCCCAGCUCAUACCUCAAGGGGAGGUCUGGUUAUCUCUCCAGAGAGCCUCUUUCCACCUGUCAGAGAGCUGUAUCACCGGCUGAAGCACUUCAUGGAGCAACGUGUACCUGCGGAGCCAGAGCUGCAGAGUUACCAGGCCUCAGCAGCCAGGUGGAGCCCCUCCCCACUGAUCGAAGACCUCAAGGAGAAAGCCAACGCUGAAGGACUUUGGAACCUUUUCCUACCCUUAGAGGCUGAUCCCAAGAGAAAAUACGGAGCAGGACUGACCAAUGUGGAAUAUGCACAUCUGUGUGAGCUCAUGGGCAUGUCCCUGUAUGUCCCCGAGGUAUGUAACUGCUCUGCGCCUGACACGGGCAACAUGGAGCUGCUGGUGAGGUAUGGCACUGAAGCGCAGAAGGCUUGCUGGCUGAUUCCUCUGCUGGAGGGGAAAGCCCGCUCCUGUUUUGCUAUGACCGAGCCCCAGGUUGCCUCUUCAGAUGCCACCAACAUUGAGGCUUCCAUCAGAGAGGAGGACAGCUUCUAUGUCAUAAACGGUCACAAAUGGUGGAUCACAGGCAUUCUUUAUCCUCGUUGCCAACUCUGGUUUAUGGGAAAAACAGACCCACAUGCACCAAGACACUGGCAGCAGUCUCUGCUCUUGGUUCUCAUGGAUACCCCAGGGAUAAAAAUCAUCCAGCCUCUGACAGUGUAUGCUGAGGAUGCACCAGGUGGCCGUGGUGAAGUCCGAUUUGAGCACGUGUGUGUGCCCAAAGAGAACAUGGUCCUGGGCCCUGGCCGAGGCUUUGAGAUCGCCCAGGGCAGACUGGGCCCUGGCAGGAUCCAUCACUGCAUGAGGCUGAUCAGGUUCUCAGAGAGGGCCCUGGCACUCAUGAAGGCCCGCGUGAAGUCCCGCGUGGCCUUUGGGAAGCCCCUGGUGGAGCAGGGCACAGUGCUGGCAGACAUCGCGCAGUCGCGCGUGGAGAUUGAGCAGGCACGGCUGCUGGUGCUGAGAGCUGCCCACCUCAUGGACCUGGCAGGAAACAAGGUUGCAGCCUUGGAUAUAGCCAUGAUUAAAAUCGUUGCCCCGUCCAUGGCCUCCCAAGUGAUUGAUCGUGCGAUUCAGGCCUUCAGAGCGGCGGGCCUGAGCAGUGACUACCCACUGGCUCAGUUCUUCACCUGGGCCCGAGCCCCGCGCUUUGCCGACGGCCCUGACGAGGUGCACCGAGCCAUGGUGGCCAAGCUAGAGCCGAAGCACGGCAUUUAGAGCCUUGGGGCUGCACUGGCCCAAUGUCCUGGCUGGA